UGUUGUUAACACACUGUUCUCCUUCCACUCAAAAGUGGAGCUGCAGAAUGCAUUUCUGUAGAUCUGCGAUUUCUCCCCGCCCAUCCCUGCCUUGUAUUGGCCGAGCUGUAAAUUACUCACUGCAGUCUGUUCGGUGGCUAACAUUCAUCGUAGCGAACCACACCAGCUAUAAUUUCCGUUGUUGUCAUCGCUGUGGAUUGACAGAGGUAGUUGUUCUGCUGUGAUGCCAGUGACAGAGCACAUAUCUUCAGAUCCCAUAGUUGACCCGUGAGGGUUCAUCACCCACAGCCAUCAUGGAAGACUUUUCUGCUGCCAGAUGGGGUCUGAAUGUAUCCCACAAUGCCUCACCUUCCCCUCCCAGUAUGUCCAUUGACAGGCUCUUCCCAGCGCUCCUGGAGUGCUUUGGUAUCAUUCUAUGUGGCUACAUCGCUGGGAGGGCAAACAUAAUCACAUCCACGCAGGCCAGGGGUCUGGGGAACUUUGUGUCCAAGUUCGCAUUGCCUGCCCUGCUAUUCAAGAACAUGGUGCUGCUGGACUUCGGCAACGUAAUCUGGUCCUUCCUGUGGAGCAUCCUUAUUGCCAAGGUGACAGUGUUUGUCAUAGUCUGCUCUCUGACGCUGCUGGUCACUGGCUCAGAGACUCGCUUCGGCAAGGCGGGCCUCUUCUCCAUCUUUGCCACUCAAAGCAAUGACUUUGCACUGGGUUACCCCAUAGUGGAGGCUCUAUACAAGAACACCUACCCAGAGUACCUGCAGUACAUCUACCUGGUGGCACCAGUGUCCCUCAUGAUCCUGAACCCCAUCGGGUUUGCCUUCUGUGAGAUCCAGAAGUGGCGUGAGAGUUCGGACCAGCGGCGAAACAAGAUGCAGAUCGUGGGCCUGGUGGUUCUGCAGGUUUUGAAGAACCCCAUAGUGUUCAUGGUGAUCGUUGGCAUUGUCUCUCACUUCCUCCUGGGCCAGAGGGUACCCACCUUCAUGGAGGAGUUUGUGGAUGGUCUCGCCAAUUCCUUUGGAGGGGCGGCACUGUUCUACUUGGGCCUGUCCAUGGUGGGCCAACUGGGGAAGCUGACCCGGUCCACUGUCAUUGCUCUGAUCCUGCUCAUCACUGCCAAGCUGUUGGUGAUGCCGCUAAUCUGCAGGGACAUGGUGGAGCUGCUGGAUACAGACAACACCAGCUCCCUCAACCACAGCAGCCUCUCCAACUUUGCCUUUAUCUACGGAGUCUUCCCCACGGCUCCCAGCGUGGCCAUCUAUGCAGCCCAGUACAAUAUGGAGCUAGAAGUUGUUACCUCAGGGAUGGUAAUAAGCACGUUUCUUUCCGCUCCAAUCAUGUAUGUUUCCGCCUGGCUGCUGACAAUCCCAUGGAUGGACCCAAAGCCAUUAGCAUCUGCACUGCAGAAUGUUGGCUUCAACGUCAGCGUUGUCAGCUUAGUGGCUGUGGUGUGGACUGUCAGCGUCAUGCUCUUGAGUAAGAAGUACAGAAGACUGCCGCAUGUGUUCACCUUGAACCUAUUUCUGGCACAGUUUCUUGUUUGUGUCAGUAUGAUUCUGUGGAACUUCAUUGUGGAGCAAGACAACUUUAUCGGACAAGUAUUGACCUUUGGUCUGCUGUAUGGCUCAAUUUACAGCACCUAUGUGUGGACAGGUCUGAUUGCAUUCUCCCUUGCACUGAUGAAGAGGGACAAUGAACUGAAGGUUCUGCCAGUGUUCUUCAUGGCUGUGGGCUGGGGAGUUCCUGUGCUGGUUGUGGGAGUCCUCCUUAUUGCUGGAGAGAAGACAUCUGACAGCAUCGACUCUGCCUUCUUCUAUGGAAGGCCCCAGGUGAUCAGCACUGCAGUAGUGCUCGCCUGCAGUAUCCUGCUGGGGGGCUGCUCUCUGAUGGGCCUCAGCCGGGGCUCCCAGGAAAGCAGCUACCAGGCCUUGGACCAAGGCUUUGUGUCCGGCACCAGCGAGGACCUGAGGCCCCAGAACAGCUCAGAGAACCAGGCCACGCCAGAGGCCACAGCCACAGGGACCAGCGAUCCUAGAGAGUGCCAUUCUUGUGACUGUGUUCAGCCUGAACCCAUGCCUGAAAUGAUUGUAAGCACCAACGUAAGCGACCUAGCAUCCAUAAACGCAGAUCCGUGUGGGGAGGGCUGUCAGUCUCCUCGUUGCCUUCUGACCCCUGAGGAGGAGCCGAGGUCUGACAGACAGGUGGCCCGACACGUGCUGUUGUGCCUGCUCCUCACUGUCUGCCAGCUGGCUAAUCUGUCCAGCUGCCUGUGGUGGCUGUUUGACCGUGUCCCUGGGAGACUGUACUUGGAGCUGCAGUUUUUCUGUGUUGUGGUCAAUUAUGGACAGGGCUUCAUUUCAUUUGGAAUCUUUGGACUGGAUAAGCAUUUGAUAAUCCUACCAUUCAAGAAGAGGUUAUUGAGUCUUUGGCAAGGCAGGGAGCGGGUGGAGGAGCCACAGGUAGCUGUUCCUGAAGAGAUUCGCCUGACCUGCACCCAGUUUGUGCGGUACCACAAGGACCAGUGCGUGCAGGACAUUGUGAAGAAGAGGAGUGACCUUGACCUUGGAUAAAUUUCCCUGGAUCAGCCCAUGACCAGUGCUUGGAGAUGAUGAACAUACAUACUCAAUAAUUGUUCCUCGGUAUCCGUCUAGUUGGAUGGUGAGGACCUGCUCCCACUGAAUUUUCUGGUUUUUGAGAAUUUGGGAAUUUAUGGAUUCUGCUCUUAUUGAAAAUAUCCCAUCCCAAAUGAUUGUGGUCAGUAGUUAUUUUAUCAAGCUGGAGUUAAUUCGGAGUCGAAAGUCUGGCCUUCACUAAAAACAGUCAAAGAAACUGAAAAUAGGCCACUAUGUUACAAUGAAAUAUUAGAAGGACCCUGAACUGGUAAGAUAUCAUAUCAUCACUUGCCGUAAUAUAAAAACUAGCUAUCAGGUAAACCCAAGAACUGCUGUAUUUUUCAAUAGCCUAUAGGCUAAUCUCCAGGUAUUGAACUGGGAAAAAAUGUGGGGGGGGGGGGGUGUUUGAACAAUGAAGGAUUCAGGUGAUUUCAUUGUUCUGGAAGGUGCAUUGCCCUGGCAUGGCUCAUACCCUUAGAAGACAAGGUUGAUACUAGUCAUUAUUUCAUGGUACUGACCAUCAUCCUCCCAUGUAGAAACAUUUCUUUCCAGCAGAGAAUGGCAUCUUUUAAGUUGACCCCCAUUCACAGAGCUCUAAUACUCACCUGGUGGUUUGAGGAGCAUGACAUUGACAUUAUCUCUAAUGUCAUGGCCUUCUCAGUUAUCAGAUCUGAAUACCAACCCCAGAAAGUAUUUAUGUGAUAUUCUGAACAAGUCUGAGAUAGUAUUUUCCAUGAGUUGAUGGACUUGAAUCUGUCUUGUCACAUUUCUCCUGCAGAAUUCCACACUGAUAGACAUCCCAUAGUGCAUUGUCUGGAAAUGAGGAUUAAGUGAAAUAUGUUUAAUUUCUGAAUCGAAUUGUGCCGUUGUUUAAUGUCUGGCUCUCUGAAUACUGAACACAAGUGCCUCAACAGUUAAAACCCCCUUAUCCAACAUGUUAAAUAAAUGAAUUUGAUUUAAUUUGUUGAUAAUUAUCAGAAAUAUCAAUUUUCAAUUAAAUCUUCAAAUGUGUUUAUAGGCAGAGCAACCUGUUGGAUCAACGUUUAUCUCACAACCAGAUUAAAUAAAGAGAUUCAUCAAAUUGCAACUAGUAUGCAAUGUCUAAUCUAAAGAGCGAAGGUUCACUACCUUAAAAAAGAUAAAACUAUAUAAAUAUUAAAGACGAUGACAAGUUAGACACAAAAUAAAUGAAUCAAAGCAAAUACCAAACCACAGCUGUUUUUCCCAUGGUGAUCCCAAGAUGGGCAGGUCCAAAAUUUAAAAUAUAACUGCAAGCAGCAAUGCGGGGCCCUACGAACAUGUCCAAUCUGGGUAAAUACAAGGCGAAGGAGAAAAGAGUCCAAGCGGCAUAGAUUUUAGGAUUUUGGACAAUCUACAUACACGUGCGUGAGACGAUCCAACUUCCGGUUCAUGAGAAACAUUAGUUCGAAAUAUGAAUGUGCAUUAACAUAAAGUGCUAACUUUGUCACGCCACAAAUCAAGCGAUUUUUAACGAAACAACUUUUCCGUAUCACCCUUAAUGGAGAGAAUACCCAAGAGUACACAUGUACGAUGGUGACGGAAUCAGGUAAAGCGUUCAUGAGAAGAUGAGUUUUAAAGCGUUAUAUUAGCAUUAGCUUCCCGUCAAAAUUUCAAAUGCAUGUAAUAUCCUUGUUUUUUGAUAUAUCUGCAACUGUGCCGACAUUGUACAACAUGGUAGUGUCCUCUUCAUGCCCAGUCCAUUUCAAGUCCCUAGAUUAUUGUUGCAAAAAAGUUAUAAGCACUUGAAAUAUGCAUUAUAUUAGCAUUAGCUUUCUGCCAAAAUUUCAAAUGCCUGUAAUUUCCUUGUUUUUUGAGAUAUCUGCAACUGCGCCGACAUGGUACAACAUGGUAGUGCCCUCUUCAUGCCCAGUCCGUUUCAAGUCCAUAGAUUAUUGUUGUAAAAAGUUAUAAGCACUGGAAUUUUGUGGCCAAAUUUUGUUUUUUUUAAAUAUGAGUUUCUCCGCCAUCUUGGAAUGGAUCUCUUAGCUGUUAACACCCUAUAGGGUGACACGCACAAUACACGCACAUGGGCAAUUUCGGACCAAUCGGACUUACGGUUUAUUAGAAGAAACGUUUUAUAGGUUUUGCCAAAUUUUCAAUCUGCAGGAAAAUCCAUCAUGGCGGACUUUAUGGGUUCUUGAGGCAUAUUUGUUCCUCAUGAGGAAUUACACAAGUAUACCCGGUUUCAUGCAUUUUCAUCAAACGGGGUGGAAAUGCCAGCAUUUUGAAUUUUGCUUUUUGAAUCGGUUACUAUAGCACCACCUAUGGAUGGAUCAUGGUCAUUCUUUCUGGCAUAGUUACUCAUGGUCUCUAGUUUCGACCUGGUAAUUUAUAUCAUUUUUGGUCAAGGACUUUUUGAGUUAUUUGACCAUUUCCAGGAAAAGAAUAAUAAUAAUAAUAAUAAUAAUAAUAAUACUAACAAAAACAAUAGGGUUCCUACUUCGUAGGACCCCUAAAAAUCAAAAGACAGCAGAAUACUCCAAAAAGACCAGCUGUGCAUUGCAGUUUUGCAGCACAUGGUGAAGAUAUUGUUUCAUUACAUUACAUUUAUUUAGUAGACACUUUUAUCCAAAGCGACGUACAAAAGUGCAUAUCAAGGGCAUUGGAACAACUACAAAACACAGGUUCGAUUAGGUACAAUACUCAUUUUGUGCAGUUAUUCAUUGCACUUGUUGUACGUCGCUCUGGAUAAGAGCGUCUGCUAAAUGCCUGUAAUGUAAUGUAAUGUAAUAGCCGAGAACACAGUCAAGUUUAUGCAGUGAACAUUAUUCUGACCUAACCUAUGCUUAGUCAAACUAGGGGGAAGUACAAGCUACAACAUUAGGAUGAUAAUACAAAUUACAAUUAGUUCUGGAGUGGAGGUACAUGUAACAUGAGUGGCAUGAAAAAGGAAUGUUCAACAACUACUUAUGUUGCAUGUUUGCUCUUCUACUAUCUUCUCUAUCGAUACAGCUUUUUUAAAGCUAAGAUGAAUCUUGCACUUUAGAGCAAAUUUUUUUCUAGAUCUUGGUAUGUUUACCAUCAGUUAUGACUGGAUUGAUCUGAUCCAAACCCUAGUCUUUGUUGUUUGAACGAAAGGAUAACACAGCUUAUAUUAUAUUGCUUCUCUUUGCAGAGCUUCCCUUCCUUGCUUGAGAUGACGUCUCUGCCUUUCCGACCUGUGCUCUUUCCUGUUCUUUCUCUCUCCCUCUCCCUCAUCUGUGCAUAGUGGUUGUGGUGAAUCCUUCCUCUGACACACAGGUGUGGGGAGGGAACUGUGGUGGAAACCUUUCUGGGCAGCGAGCUGGCGGACUGGCUGCUACGGGUGGGCCUGGCGCAGGACCGGGGUGAGGCGCUGCUGUACGGGA